AUGUCUUGCUCGGUCGUUUCCUCUCGAGCAGUUGGCUUGUCAGACCCUGCGAACUACGUUGUGGGCUGGAUUUGCGCUUUAGCCACCGAAUAUGUUGCUGCGCAAGAGUUUCUUGAUGAAGAACAUGAAGGACCGACUUUUGUGUCGCCAAACGAUUCGAACGACUACACGCUAGGCAAAAUGGGAGAACACAACGUCGUCAUUGCCGUCUUGCCGGACCGUGAAUAUGGAACAGAUACCGCAGCCACCGUAGCAACAAACAUGCUGAACAGCUUCCCCAACGUCAGAAUAGGUCUUAUGGUCGGCAUCGGCGGCGGUGUACCGAGCACGAAGCACGAUGUACGUCUGGGUGAUGUUGUUGUCAGUGCGCGUCGCGAUGGUGAGGGUGGUGUGUUCCAGUAUGACUUCGGGAAGUCGACACAGGGCCAGGGAUUUCAGCACACGCGAUUCUUGAAUCAGCCCCCAACGUCACUACGUACUGCAAUGACGGGUAUACAGGCGCAGUACAGUAGGAAGGGUCAUCAGCUCGAGGAGGCCGUCAAUCGCAUUCUUGACAAGAAUGCGCGACUACGUCGAGGGUAUGAGCGGCCGCAAUCAGGCACUGAUAGACUCUUUAAAGCCCUUGUUGUCCAUGAUUCAAGAGGCUGUGCUGCUUACUGUGCGGAGGACUCUUCAAAUCUGGUACCACGAAAUGAGCGGACCGAAUACGAGGACAAUCCAGCUAUUCACUAUGGCCUGAUUGCUUCUGCUAAUCAAUUGAUGAGGGAUGCAUUGAUGAGGGAUAGCCUUGCGGCGGAAAAAGACGUUAUCUGUUUCGAGAUGGAGGCUGCAGGACUGAUGAACCAUUUCCCAUGUCUAGUCAUCAGGGGUAUCUGUGACUACUCAGACUCGCAUAAGAAUAAAGAGUGGCAGGGGUAUGCAUCGAUGGUGGCUGCUGCAUAUGCAAAAGACCUUUUAAGCAGAAUUCCACCGAACAGGAUCGAGAGCGAGAAGAAAAUCGGUGACAUUCUAUCUGGCCUUCAAGAGGUUACAAAAAUUGCACAGAAGCAGCUUAAGAUACAAGAAAACGCAGCGAAGCAGAAGUUGUCAGACAAAGAAGAAGACUGUCUUCAGUUGUUUCGUCUCACCUCUAGCACCCAUGACUCCACAUAUGAAUGGUACAAAAAUCGUGUGGAAUCACGAGUUCAGGGUACAUGUGAAUGGUUCCUAAGCCAUGAUAAUUUCCGGCAGUGGCUACGACAAGACUCUGGGCCGUUACUAGUCUCGGCGGAUCCAGGCUGUGGAAAAUCCGUCUUGGCAAAAUACCUCAUUGAUGAUGGGCUACCACGCUCUGCAACCAUGUGCUACUUCUUCUUUAAAGAUCAGGACCAGAACACAGUUCGCCAAGCUCUCUGUGCUUUGCUUCAUCAGCUAUUCUCCCAGAAGUCAUUUCUUAUAGAACAUGCUAUGAAGGAAUUCACCAAAGAUGGGCGCGGUCUGAUCAACUCGACAAAGUCGCUCUGGUCCAUUCUAGCUAAGGCCGUGUGUGACCCCCAGGCGGGGCCAAUAAUCAUCAUCCUAGAUGCCCUAGAUGAGUGUGCGGAAUCAGAGUUCGAGGACCUAAUACAGAAUAUUGAGAGUCAAUUCCGCAGCGAGCACCCACUCCAGAGUCAACUCCGCAGCGGGCAACCACUCCAAAGAAAUUUCAAAUAUCUUUUGACGAGCCGUCCAUAUGAACAAAUAGUGUGCAAGUUUGUGGCGCUGCUGGAAUCGUUCCCAUGUGUACACAUACCAGGAGAAGAAGAGUCAGAGACCAUCAGCCAAGAAGUCAAUCAUGUCAUCCGGUACCGGGUCGAGCAGUUAGCGAAAGAGAAACAGCUUUCAGGUUUGGUCAAAAAUCACCUAUCAACAAGAUUACUCAAGAUUUCACACCGUACCUACCUCUGGGUUCAUCUUGUGUUCGAACUCUUGAACACAAUAAGCUUCAAAAAGACACCUAAAGGUGUCGAUUCAACGAUGGAAUACCUACCGAAAACCAUAUAUGAAGCAUACGAGCGGAUUCUCAAAAACUCGAAGAACGACCCCGAGGUUCGGAAGGCCCUAAGUAUUAUCUUGGCAGCGAGUCGACCUCUAACACUCUCUGAAAUGAACAUUGCUUUGAAUGUUAACAGCACAUCAAAGUGUAUUGAAGACCUCGAUUUAGAAAAGGAUCGGGAAUUCGGGUCCCGUCUCAGAGCGUUGUGUGGAUUAUUCAUUUCAAUUCAUCACGAUAAAGUGUUUUUCCUUCAUCAGACUGCUCGAGAGUUUCUACUUGCAAAAGCAACAUCAGCAACAGCUGUUACAUCAGAGCCAAGUUGGCAACACUCCAUUAUCAGCCAGAGCGCUCACAAUAUUCUUGCAGAAGUCUGUGUGAUAUAUCUUGACUUUAUCAAUAAUCACACUAAUUUGACGCAUUCGCGACACGAAAGUCAUCAGAAACUUGAAAUUUUACCCUUUUUGAAUUACUCGGCUCUGAAUUGGGGUAUACACUAUCACAAGGCUUGCAUUGCAGUUGGGACUCAUCUAGUCCCAAUCGCUCUGAGGUUAUGUAGCCCAGAUUCCAAAAGCUGGUCAGCAUGGUUCACACUUUACUGGAAGAGCAAACAUAAUGCUCCUCCCGAGAAAUUUACCAGUCUGGCGAUAUCGUCUUACUUCGGGCUCGAGUCAGUCGUCAUAGUACUACUCGAGGGCACCGACUUAAAGUCAAACAAUAGGACAUCUGGCGAGUCGGCACUAACAUGGGCUGCAAGAAACGGACACGAGAGAGUUGUUGAGCUUCUGCUUGGGAAAGGCACCAACUUCGACGGGUUGACAAAUAAGAAAUUGGGCCAGACGUUACUAUCAUGGGCUGUAAAAAAUGAAUAUGAGACAAUUGUCAGGCUUCUGCUCGAGAAGGGCGCCGACUUCGAGUCAACAGAUAACAAAAGCUAUACGCCGCUAUCAUGGGCUGCAAAAAGGGGGCACGAGGCAAUUGUCAGGCUUCUGCUCGAGAAGGGCGCCAACUUCGAGUUAACAGAUAACAAAAGCUAUACGCCGCUAUCAUGGGCUGCAAAAAGGGGGCACGAGGUAAUUGUCAGGCUUCUGCUCGAGAAGGGCGCCAACUUCGAGUUAACAGAUAACAAAAGCUAUACGCCGCUAUCAUGGGCUGCAAAAAGGGGGCACGAGGUAAUUGUCAGGCUUUUGCUCGAGAAGGGCGCCAACUUCGAGUCGAGGGAUAACGAUAAUCACACGCCGCUAUCAUGGGCUGUAGAAAAUGGAUAUGAGACAAUUGUCACGCUUCUGCUCGAGAAGGGCGCCGACAUCGAUUCAACACAUAAUUGGGGCUGUACGCCGCUAUCUAUAGCUGCACGAGAGGGGCACGAGAUAAUCGUCACGCUUCUGCUCGAGAAGGGUGCCGACUUCGAGUUAGCGGAGAAUAGGUACUAUACGCCGCUAUCUAUGGCUGCACGAGGGGGGCACGAGACAAUCGCCAGGCUUCUACUCGAGAAGGGCGCCAACUUUGAGUUAACUGAUAAAGUAUUUGGCCACACACCACUAUCAUGGGCUGCACAAAGGGGGUACGAGACAAUCGUUAAGCUUCUACUUGAGAAAGGUGCGGAAUUCAAGUUAGCAGAUAAAUUAUCUGGCCAUACGCCACUGACAUGGGCUGCGCAAAGGGGGCACGAGACAAUCGUCAGGCUUCUGCUUGAGAAAGGCGCCGACAUCGAGUCAACACAUAAUAGUGGCUACACGCCGCUAUCUAUAGCUGCACGAGAGGGGCAUAAGACAAUCGUCACGCUUCUGCUCGAGAAGGGCGCCGAAUUUGAGUUGACAGAUAGAUUUUUUGGCCAGACGCCGCUAUCUUGGGCUGCGAAAAAUGGUCAUGAUGCAACCGUCAGGCUUCUGCUCGAGAAGGGCGCCGACUUCGAGUCGACAGAUAAUAACGGCCACACACCGCUACCAUAG